CUUGGCCGCAGGCUCUCCCCGGGGAGCGCCUCCCGGCCCGGGCGUCGCAGGCAGGUCCCAGGAGCGGCGCCAGGCACAGUUACUUCAAGAUGUGACCUCCUGCUGGGAAAAUCGCAAGAUUUUACAAGUUUCAGUAUAAGGAAGAGGUGGCAGAUGAUAUAAAGGAAGCACUGGGACUUGUCAGACAUAGAAGAAUUAGAAAAUGGCACAACCAUGCUUGUUACAUAAAAAACAUGAACCAGAACUGCACAGUGCAAAAGAAACUAAGCCAAAGGAUGAUGAAGAUGCCGAGCUGAUCUUUGUUGGGGUGGAACAUGUAAGUGACGAUGCUGAGCUCAUCUUUGUUGGAGAAACAUCAGAUUCAAAACCAGUUAUUUCAAACAUUUUGAACAGAGUCACCCCGGGUUCUUAUUCAAGAAGAAAAAAGUAUGGUCGUUUCAGAAAAAAUACUGCUCAAAGAUUGCAGCCUGCAAGUCAUGUGACCUCUCCAUCAGAAACAGUGACUGUCUUGUCAGAGUCUCCAUCUGAAUCAAGAUCAACAGAUAGUCCUAUCAUUAUUGAGCCUUUGUCUGACCUUGAUGAUGACAAUGAUUCUUCACAAGUUGUGCCUAGUAGUUCCUCAGAGUUCAAUUCUCCUGUGGUUGCAUCAGCAAGUCCGUUGCAGCAUCCAGUACCGACAGUGCUUUUAGUAGAAGAUACAAAUGACAGUCCGCCUGUAUCAAAGCGAUGUUCUACUUCUGAAGUAAGUAGCAUAAAUCCUAAAAGUGCUAAACUAAGUGAUGGGAUGGCAGGAGGAAUUUCUUCAGCUUUGUCUACUUCAGAUGAUUCUCAUACAGUGACACUUCAGCAAAGUACGCUCUCAAGCGAUGUUGCUACUUCCUUAAGCUGUAUUCAGAAUAUAGCGUCUUUUCCAGCAGUUUUUCCAAAGGACAAUGUCCAGUUCAAGCCUACAAAUAUAAAUCCUGAUAUGGAAAAUGGAUUGGCGAAAAUUUCAAGUCUAGCAAGUCAAAAUAAGACCUGUGAUCCCAAGAAAGGAAGUCUGAUCCUGUUACUUAGUGACUUUUACUAUGGACAACACAAAGGAGAUGGGCGGCACGAAGCUAAGACUCACUCGACCUUUAAGUGCCUCAGCUGCUUGAAAGUUCUGAAAAAUGUUAAGUUUAUGAACCACAUGAAACACCAUUUCGAACUUGAGAGGCAGAAGGGGGAUAGCUGGGAAAAGCACACCACCUGCCAGCACUGCUAUCGGCAGUUUCCCACCCCCUUCCAGUUGCAGCGUCAUAUUACAACUGUACACACUGCAGAGGAGCUCUCUGCUGUCUGUAAGAUCUGUGAGUUGUCAUUUGAAACAGAUCAGGCUCUUCUACAGCACAUGAAGGACAAUCAUAAACCUGGAGAAAUGCCCUACGUGUGCCAGGUUUGCAAUUACAGGUCAUCGGCCUUUGCUGACGUGGAAACACAUUUUAGAGUGUGCCAUGAAAACACCAAGAAUUUACUGUGUCUGUUUUGUCUCAAAAUUUUCAAAACUGCAGCACCAUAUGAGUGUCACUGUAAGCGACACUGGGGAAAGAGUGUUAACCAGUGUUCUAAAUGUCGGCUUCAGUUUUUAACCUUUAAGGAGAAAAUGGAGCAUAAGACCCGGUGUCAUCAGAUGUUUAAAAAGCCAAAACAGCUAGAAGGAUUGCCUCCUGAGACAAAAGUUGUUGUCCAGGUGUCACUAGAACCUAGCCUACCGGGCUCAGUGAAGGUAGCAUCCAUUACAGUGAGCACCAUUGAGUAUGAAUCCACUCCCCUCAGGUCUAAGAGCAAAAUUUCCAAAAAAGUCCAUUAAUUUUAUUGUUUUUAAAACCAAAACUAAAGUGUUCAAUCCAAAGCA